AUGGAUGAGGGCUCAAACUCGGGUCUAUGAGGGGGGGAAAAUCCACUUUUAUAGGGCGGGACACAAACUCCGGGAUCUCCGCAGUGCAAGUCCAGUUCUCUAGCCACUUGAUCCGGGCACGUUAGCCAGGCCCAAGGAAAUGGCUGAGAUUUAAGACUGGCAUGAUUGAGCGCUGAUAAAGCCACAAUUUUCUAGUCACUUGUCGAGGGACACACACCACGGUUAUGUAACCCUUUUAUAGAGCUUUUUACUCUCGUGGCCAGCGUUUAUGCAAAUCUUUUGGAACAAAACAAAGCGUUUACAUAAUUCAACUUCUACAAGAUUCUUCUUGGAACAGAUAUGGCCGCCGUGACGUCAUGUGAAAAUUAAACAUCCUAUUUUGUUAAUCUGAAUUUGACCGGAAACGGCCUGGAUCCGCGCCUGUUGCGCGAGAUUUUUUUGGCCAAUCAGAGUCGAAUCAGAGACCGUAUAAAUGCAGAUACAUACUUUACUGAUCACUUGAACAAACCACACACAGACACCAUCAGAAAGAUAAAAGAUCUGUAAUUGUAUGUUACCUAAGUUAAUAUUAUCUGAGUUAAUAUUUUCGGUGUUUUUUAACGGUUCUCCUGUUCGUUAGCGACGACAACUGAAGCAGCAACGACUUUGACUCCGCUGACGGACCCGCCAUCGCCUCUUAACGGAGCAGGUAAAUGUUAGGGCCAUUUAUACGAGGAAAAAUAAAACGCGUCUUACAUAAGACGCGUCUUAAAUAAGACGCGAACUGUACCAUUUAUACGAGCAUGUCUUAUCUAAUAAGACGCGUCUUAGCUAAGCCGCGUCUUAUUUUAGACGAAAUGUGCCGUUUAUACGGAAAGUUCGCGUCUUAUUUUUCCUCGUAUAAAUGGCCCUAUUAGCACGUUUCAAGCCCCACCCGUUUCUCAAUAGUCCGGUUAAAUUGACGGACCCUAAGCGGUACAUCCAAUCAAUCAAAGUAUAAAGAAUAAUGGUGCGGUUUCUAGCUAACAAGUCCAUUCUUGCAAUGAAAGAACAGUCUGAAGUUGAAUUUUACAGCUUUUUGCAUUGCAUUCAAACCUAUCAGAACUGCAAUUUUACAAGCAAACAUAAAACAGCUUUCCAGGCCCGGGAAUUAUCCGGACCUUCUUGAUGAAGGCUAGGCUAGGGAAAUUAGAUGAAUGCUUAGAAACCUCACAAAAACACCGAGCCAUCAUAUUCAUCAUUGUAGAGUUUUGAUAGUGAAAAAUUUCGAUCGUGUCGACCUUGCCGGUCUUCACAUCUAGUAUUACUGUACUCUUACUAUGAAAAUCUAUAUCAGAAAACUGAAGCUGUUUUUACUUCCCUAAGAAGAAGCACCCGUAAUAGUGACAGUUAACAAACAAGGUCUUCAUAGGUGCAGAUAAAUGUAAAAAAUAUCCUCUAGUUAGGCUUUUUUCCUGUUUGAAUGAAGGGUUGAGUAGCCGUAACUAUUUUAGAGCUCGGUGGACCUACCACAAUUAAUUAGGAGACCGCCCCACUGACGACACUGCCGAAAAAAAAAAUGUCAUGUUUAGUCCUGAACAUUUUUUUUUUAACUCGAAAAGAGGCGGCCUGUUUGAAAGCCCACAAUGAUAAGCGUUCUGUUCAUGGAUCCCCAAGGCUGACUUGGAAUGCUACACUUGCUGAGCAUGCGCAGUAUUGGGCUCAUGAGUUGGUUCGGCUGGGUAGGCUGAUGCACCAGCAGGGUAUCAGUGAAGGCGAAAACUUGUUCAAGUCAUCUGGUCAAACUGAAAAGACAUGUGUAGAUGCCGUGCGAGCAUGGUAGGUUAUCUUAGAUAAUGAAAUUAGACUGCAGUUCACAGUUCCCUAUUUUUUUGUAUGAUCGUCAGGAUCGAGCUUGUACCGGUACGGGCGGUCAAUCAAUCAAUCAAUCAACUUUAUUGGUACAUCCAAUUAAAAUGGGUUUUCACAUACCAAUUACAAUAAAAUCUAAUAUGAACAAUAGAAAUCUAAAUUAAACAUUUGAAAGUGAUAAAACAUUACCAUAUUAUUUAAAAAAUAUAAAAUAUGCAUAAUUACACCUAUUGAGUGUCAAUGGCUUAAAAAAUCGUCAAGUGCACGUCCUUUAAUCGCAUUCUUAAAAACAUUAAAUGACUCUAUGUCUGCUAAACUUUCUGGAAGGUCAUUCCAGAGCUGAACAGCCCUAUAUGAGAAAGAUCGCUGACCUGUUGCUGAUCUAAGAGAUGGUAUAUGAAGUUUAUCUUUAUUCCUUGUAUUUCUAGUAUUUACCUGGCUUCUUGUCGAAAACUUAUUACACAAGCAUGGUGGGGCUAAUCCCUUUAUACAUUUGAAAGCCAUUAAAAUGUCUCUAACCUCCAGUUGCUUAGCAACCGGCAACCAGUGGAGUUCCUUUAACAUCGUCGUGAUGUGCUCAUACUUUCCUGCGCCAGUCACAAUCCGUGCCGCAAAAUUCUGAACUUUUUGAAGCCUAGCAAUGUUCUUUUUUGUUGUACUAGACCACAUGGACGAACAUGGUCAUCUUGGUUUUACAUGUACAGAGGGGGCGGGCGUCGGGUGUUAAAGCGAACGCCCCCUAAGUAGAUUUGGCACUCAUUCAAGAUGGCCGCCCUUUACGCAAAGCUCUCGAGCUCGACGAUCUUACGGAAAAAUAGGGGACUGUGAACAGUCUACGAUAAUGCAGAUACCAGUGACAUUCAAAUAAGUGACCGGUCGUGCUUACAUGAAAGUUAAUAUAGGCGAGCUAAGGCGGUAAAUGAUUCUGUUGUUUAAACCUUCUAAGGUUAUCGCCAUAUAACUAUUUGUAUUAAUAUACACUAAGAAAGGCAAAACCCUAGCGGUAAACCGGGUUUUUUCCAAAUUUAGGCUUCCAGUCAGUAGGGUUUGUUGGGAACUUUGAUGGUCCCAGGUUUGAAAACUAAAUGACCUACUUACUGUACAUAACCUUUAUUAUUUGCUGCCGAAUAAAUACUUCCCAAUCCUUAAAAUAUGUAUUUGCCGUUUAAGGUAUGGCGAAAUUGCACAAUAUAACUUCAACAACCCUGGAUUUUCCCCGUCAACAGGACAUUUCACACAGGUAAGAAAUAUCGCCUGCUAUUUCGGACUAUCAUGGCGAGCAUACUAAUAAUCAACUUAGAGCCUGUUUACAUGGAGCUGGGGGAUCCCGGGUAGGCCAGGAAGGUGAGGUAACCCGCUUACGUUGGGUAACCCGCCUGUCCAUAUAAUCUCUCAUUUGAAUUUGAUCAUGUCUACAUGAUAGGUGGGUGACCAUAUGAGAGGUUAUAUUGAGAGGCGGGUUACCUCAGCUACCUGGGGUUCCCUACCUCCAUGUAAAAAGAUCCUUAAGGCGAGUACAUUUAUGUUUACCCUGCGAGCAGAGGUUUCUCCCAGUUGCAUGGCUUUUAGCCAUGCAACUGGGAGAAGUCGUUAGCGUGGCUUGUCUGUCGAGUGGUUAGUUUGUUUACGCCCCGUUUCUCGGGGAACGUCGUUUCGUAAAAGCCAUAUAUGCAAGAGAGAAACCUCAGAACUUUGGUACAGAUGAGGUAACAUCUGCGAUUGCCGAAGGCGUCAGCCGCUUAGGAGGUCCGAGGUGUUCCCCCAGGAAUUUUGAAAUCCAGUAAUCUUUGAAACGCUGAUAUAAGCAUUUUUCAUAUAAAGGUGUUUCGUCAAAACAUCAGUCUUGUUUGGCCGGGGAUUAUUUUUCCAGUCAAACGGUUUUAUUAUUUUGUGUCAAAAUCUAGACGAUUCCUUACUUUUUGCUAGCUAUACGUCCCUGGACCAUCGCAAGCACUCUUCUUGUACGAGGGCGCUGUGCUAUUCAGAAGUUCACUGGACGAAAUCUCUCACUACUCUUGCGGUCAAUUUUUUCCUCUUUUAAAUUAAUAUGCUGGUUGCACAAUGUUUAAUUUAUUCAGUCGAUGGCCUAUGCUUAAGAUAUCGUCGUGCCUUAUGAAUGAAUAAGAAUAGCUUUUCAUUUAUAUGUUAGGUUGUUUGGAAGGCUACGACACAAGUGGGAGUAGCUACCAUUACGGAAUUACAUCCUGAGACGGGAAAUCUCGACACUUACGUAGUGGCUCGCUAUACUCCAGCAGGAAAUGUGUUAGGAAAGUUUGAACAAAACGUACUCCCAACA